CGGCUCUUUAGACAGCUUUAACCGAAACAUGACGGCGAAAAAAAGAGAACAGACUCCUCCAGGCUGAGAUGAAUAGAAUCUUAUUGCUGGGUCAUGUUGUGCUUGUAACAAUUCUGGCAGUGCUUCCUCUAACGUCAUGUCAGGACCCGGUGCCCAUUCAAUUCCAGAGCUCGCCUGUGCUGGCAGCUACAGGAGGCAAUGCCGUGUUCACAGUUCAGACCAUUUCCAAUGUCUUCUCCAUCACAUGGUUUGCUCCCGGAGGAGGCACUCUGGGUCAGUGGAUCAAUGGCCAGGCUGUGAUUAAUCCACUUCCUCAGUACCAAGGCAGAGUGAGCAUCACUGCGACUCAGCUCACAAUCAGCAGCAGCCAACUCAACGAUGCUGGAAACUACACUGUCUCUGUAACACCGUUCGCUUCCACCGGCCUGUCCACCAACACACGCUCCGUCACUUUGUCUGUUUACGUUGCGGUGAGUGGAGUGACCCUGUUCAUCCCCUCUGUGGUUAUUGAGGGUGGCAACGCAUCCUUAACGUGCAGCUGGACUGCAGGUUCCGGCACCAGCGUGACAUGGGGAAAAGGUAGCUCCAAUCUUCCCUCCGACCCUCGCUUCACCAUCAACGCCGGGUCUCUGAUUAUCAACCCAGUGAACAGAAACGAUGCCGGCCAGUACAGCUGCACCGUUAGUAACCCAAUCAGUAGCCAGACUGCCACGGCAAGCCUCACUGUGUACUAUGGCCCAGACACUCCUCAGGUGACGCAAUCAUCCUCCAAUUGUGUUGGUGGAGGAGACGCUACCAUUGGCCAGACAGUCCAGCUCACCUGCACCGCUGUCUCUUUGCCCCCUGCUCUCUUGUCAUGGCAGUUCAAUGGUGUACCACUGACAGCCAGCCAGGCAAACAGUGGCACGCUGAAUUUGCAGAUUUUUUCCAACAAUCAGAGUGGGCAGUACACAUGCUCAGCUCGUAACAGCAUCACAACACAAACAACGCAGCAGCAGACAAGCCUUAGCAUCGUGGGCACGUGUCUGAGUGCAGGUGCAGUCGCUGGAAUUGUUGUCGCCUGUUUUGUAGCUCUGGUCUUGAUUAUUGUUGCCAUUAUUUUGAUACUACGUCAGCGGAGAGUUGAUCAGAGACUCAGGACAGUCAUUGGACAGCAGAAGGAAAACUUAAACAACAGGCCGACAGUCGUUCCAGCACCACAUAAUGGCUAUGAUAAUCAUGGGUUUCUUGGGCAGGGUGACCAACCUGACCCGCCGAUGCACAACGAUAACAGACUUAAUCAUUCUAAAAAUCAACAAACCAGCGGCCUAAACAACAACAAUAACGAUAUAUUGACAGCAAACAGAAUAGCCAACACCAGUGCCACUCAGCCCAAUGCUGACAUGUUCUCCAAUAAUGCCACCCUCAACUCCAGAACUAACCCACACCAUAAUCAGCGAAACAAUAAUUCAAAUCGACAGAGCCCAGGCUCGUUCCGGCAAGUGGGCCAGCAGAACCCAAAUAUUCUCAUACAGACUGGCCAGACUGAUUCAGGACCUCACACAGUCUUUAUAAAUCUUAAUCCACAACCAGAACAACAGAAUGCAGCCACACAACCUCAUACUGUGCAAGUCAGCCUCAAUGCGCAUCCACCUUCUUCAGGACAGCCCAACCAUAACACCAUGCUCUACAAUGCUCAACCAAGCAAUACUGUUCACCAGGAGCUUUCUAACACUAAUCAAGCAAAUCUCCAUCAUGUCAGUGGAAUGCACUCCAGUCCUCAGACACGCACAGAUAACAUGCGUAAUACAGCACAGCCUGCCCACAGUAACACCUUAGGAAACGGACAACGCAGGGUCCACCGUGUCCCUAGUCAGAGGCGGUCGAGACAAAAUAAUGCAGUAUCAUAUCCUUAUUUAGAGCAGACUCAUACAGAGUACACAGACCACCGACUCUCUGUAUCUGUAGAUGGCUCAGAUGCUGACACACGCCUGCGUCAGAUGCCCUGGGACUGUAUGCGUGGUACACCUGCAUAUCCAAAUCGCCAAGUGGACAGUUAUGAAUCCCAGACUUCAUCAGAAUCAGACAGUGAGCAUUCAAUACCAGCUCUAAGACCCAGGAGGGCACCUGUGGAUGAGCAGGUUCGGAAUGUUUCCAGGUCUUCGAGAAGAAACCUGCUGAGAGUGCUUGCUCACAAUGCUGCACAGAGACGAACUCGGGUGGAUCGGAAUGUACCAAGACAAGUCACGCAGCCUAAUGUGGUUGCUCAGCCACGUGCUGAGAAUCAACGUCAGACUGCUCCACAGAUCAUCACAUCCCAAAGACGUGCCAUGGAUAACAUUGACGUAUCUGUUCUUCCAAGUCAAACUGUUCAAACGACUGUUCGUCCAACUCAUUUGAGCAGUCAGCCUGGUCCAGAUCAAAGGCAAACUGGACCCCUCAAUGCUGCCCCUCCAAACACCCAUGUGCUCAGUCAGGCUGCUUUGCGGCAGCACACCAACCAGAGUCCCAGACCCGUUGUAAACCACAUUCAGCAGACACAAGCUUCAUUGCAGCAUCCUGAAACUGGGGCAAUCUCUGCUCAAACCCAUCCUGCAAGGCAGAUCAUCCAGACUGGUAAAGCUGCUCCAACACCUCCUCCAGUUCUGCACCCAGGAGAGUUUAAAUCACUGCCACGUCAGCAUAUACAGAAACCACGCACUACAAAACCAGUUCAGAUGAUGAGACAUCCUGUGGUCAUACACCAUGGACAUAGACCUUCCCACAUGCCAAGACAUGCAAGAACCAUGCGUAACAACCUACACACACACCCAGUGAACCAUCACAUGGCUGCCAAUGCACAUUGGCAUGGCAACCCACAGGGCUUCCCAGUACAUACCAACCAGGUCCACAGAAGUAGACAUAAACCCUGAGGCAGCUCAGUCCACAUUAUGAUAAGGCAUCAUGGGGAAAAAAUAAAACAGGACAAAACCAUAAAUACUGAUUUUUUUUUUCUUCAGCUACAGUACGACCAUAUAUGAGUCAAACUGUACUGCUUUGGAGUAAUUUUCCACUCAUUAGUGGACAAAUGUAGAGAGAGGUGUGCAGAACUUGAGCAGUAUCCAACCAGAAAAACCAGGACAAGCCUCAAGAACCUGCUAAACGCUAAGUAAUGAUCUUCCUGUUUAGUGCCUUUGAACACACAGCCGUUUAUUCAGCAGUUGGUACACAGAUGCUUCCUCUGACGCUGCUCAAUUAGCGGCGCCUCCACGGACGAAGCGCUCGGCUAACUAUGAAGGAGAGCCACCAAACGGACGUGCUCUUAUUUAUUAUGCACAUUUGUUUAUUGCUAAUGACUUGGAAAAUGCUAAUGGCUUGGAGUGGUGGAGGUUAUCUUGAAGGGCUCGGGCAAAUUGGAUUUUGAAACUAAACACAACAAAGUAAUAAUUUGCUGUGGUUGUCUCUGUUGAGGACUAAUUACAAAUGUUAUUGGUUUUACUUCUUUUUUAAUGUAUUGUUUAUCUGUGCGUCAUGUUACGUAACUUGGUUUUAAAUUUACUCCACAUUGUGGGGUUGUGUCUAGAUUCUGAGAUAAAAAUUGGAUUAAAGUGAAAAAUAGGUCUUUCUUUAAAAAAUCUAUAUUGUCAGUAAAACACUAUUAUUUAAUAUUAUUAAAACUGCACUUUAUUUGGGUUAUUUUGUGGAAGACAGUGUUUGAUAAACAGAUUUUGAUAUAAACUGUAAUAUAUCUUUUAUAAUUAUAAUUGUUCAUAAAAUCAAUUUUAUACUUAUUUUAUACGUCUUUUUUAUGAAAGUGUGUGACUGUUUAGCUGCGUUGUUUAUGUAACGAUGCUUUUCUGUCAAAUCAGCUAAAGUGUCUAAAUAAAAAUUGGACUGGUUGUCAAGCAAAUUCACAGAAGGGGAAAGGAUGUGAAAGUCGAUAAUUUGCAGGCACCUUGACCUUUAUCUUGGUGUGAAUUUUGCUCUGCGAAUCUCCAAGCCCCUAGAAACACAAAGGGACGAGUGGUUUAAAUUUGUUUGAUUCAUUUGUUUGACAUUUAACGAAUGGUUCUAUAAUAAAA